AUGAUCGGCAUGCUCAAAUUGCAGCUGUUCCUUACUCGGUCGAAGCCUCUGCCUGGAGCACGAGAUCCUAAGAGCAUGAUAGCUGAGAGUGGAUUCCUCGUGUUCAAAACUCUGAACGCAUGCUUCAGUGUGCGUAACAAUCUGGCCCACGAGACCAAUCUCAGCCUUGACAUCUACCCAUACGGCGUGUACAAUCGCUGGGGCGAACGGAUCGGCAAAGCCACGCUCAACUCCAACUCCCAACCGCCACCAGCAAUAGCGGAGUUCAUAGUGCUGUGUAAGCGACACCCUGAGCAUCAGCUUCGCUUCGCACCCCGACAUCCAGGGGAACAACCUGACGAACAAUGGGCGAUCAUGAAUGAUGUGAAGUACGGCAUCCUGAUGAUCGAAAUACGGAAGGGUACUGCGUAUAAACUGGGGCAAGGGACAAUCAGCAUGCCUAAGUGGGAUGAAGAGAGUACAGACGAGAGGCUAAUUGUGCUUGGGUAG